GACGUGAUAAACCAAGAUGGCGAUGCCAUAUUGGAGCAGGGCGAAUUCACAAAAAAAACCGGCGUCGUGACUCGUAUUCGUAUCCCUUGUCGUAUCAUUGCUCCAUUAUUUCGGAACUCUUUUAUUUUAUCUCAUUGAGUGAAUUGACAUUUGCGUCCAAUAAAUUAUCAGAAAAUUUAUUCACAAAGGACUGAAGAAAAAUUGGAAGAAUGUCAAACUACAAGCCAAAUGAAUCUAAGAGGGAGGAGUUCAGGAGGUAUUUGGAGCGUGCUGGGGUGCUAGAUGCCCUGACGAAGGUCCUCGUGAUGUUGUACGAGGAGCCUGAGAAGCCUGACGAUGCUUUGGAAUUCAUUCGUAAACACCUGGGAGGAAUAACAGAAGCCACUCUCGAGGUGGAGAGUCUCGAGAAGAAACUGGAGGACGUUGAGGCUGAGAACAGAGAGCUCAAAGCAAAACUAGCUAAACUGGACAUCAGUGGUGACGAAUAGACUGACCAAAAACCUAGAUGAUACGAUUAAAUCAUUCCGAGCCUAGUCUUAUUUUUAAACACAAAUGGUCCAUCCAACUUUGUGCCUUAAUAGUAUUAAAUUCCAAAUGUUUGGAAAUUUCCCCAUGAGAUUCCAAAAUUUAUCAUUAGUAUACGUCGUAGACUCAUUCGUUCAAUUUGAGGAUCACUCGUGGAUUUUUCCACUCAUGUCAUUGGCUUCUCAUUGGGAAAUUUGAUAUCCUUAGACGAGAGAAAGUACAAAGUGUUGAAGUUUCUUAACAUUGAAAAAUAUAUAUGAACUGGCCAAUUAUUAUAAAAUGAUAUAUAAAUAAAUUUUCAUAUUGAUCGUGUAAAGUACUCCAAUUUCGUUCAAAUUAUUUCAUAAUACAGUGCAUGAGAAUUUAGACAGUUAAUUAUUUAUUAUGAAUAUUAUGUCGUCUUUGCUGCUUGUCUCCUCGUGACGUCCCAAUUGUAAACACGAGCCAUAUUAACAUCAGUUAUUGUGAAUUCAUCUCUCGCAAAGUCUGAGAAGCCUGACAAUGCU